AUGCGAAGUUUCACAUAUCAACAAAGAGAAAAAUAUCACAAUUUCAAGAAGAUGAUUAUCGCUGUUCCCUUCUCCUCGUUUUUACCUUCACUUCAAGUCAUCAGAAUUGUGUUUUUCUAAUUGAUCAGCUCUAGGACAUUCAUCAGUAGUUACAGACUGCAUGAAUAAAUUUUAAACGCCUCCAAACCUUUCUUUUGUUUUGAUGAUCCGCCUUUCGGACGCUCUUUGAACAAGACUUUGCACUGACCCUCGUAACUACCAAUUUGAGUUGCUUACAAAUCCGUGUACUUAUCUUUUUCCCCUUUUUUCAAGUCUAAAAAGAGUACUUGCCCACGCGAAUCUCGUCUGAAAACCGUCUAAUUUGGCGUUCUGAAGGGAAGGAGUCGGGAGGACUGCGGCACGCCUCAAUGCACGCCCCUUUGCGAGACGAGAACCGCUGCGAGGACUCGGCAGAAGAGCUCAUGCCGCGUCUGAAGAAGCCUCGCAUCCCGGUGAGCUCUCCGUUUUCCAGAUCUUCAGCUUUAACUUUUAUGAAAGCUUCAAGCUUGCUGUAGUCCCAAGUCUUGGAGUAAAGUCAUUUGUCUCUCUUUUUGAAUUAGUAUACAGACCAACUAGGUUGGGAACCCUUUUGUAUCUAAACUUAUGUUAGAGAAAACUUAGAUACUUUUAAAACAUUUUUUUGGUUCCAAAAACCAUCAGCAAAAUAGCGUGCGAAAAAAAGAAGUUCAGACUUCUCUGUAGUCUUUUUCCUCAGCUAGCGAUGAAUGGAGUAUGCUAGUCAUCCCUUUAGAGGCGUCAGUUCUCUUAAGUGUUCACUAUAGUCUAUAGAUUCUCAGAAACGUCCGGGGCGUAUCCGGUUUGCGUUAUCGAGACAUGAGAAGUCAUAAACGAUGUUAGUUCGUGCUAACUUCCAAAUUUGCAAUUUAUUCUCAAUUUUUUUAGUGAAAGUUAGGCUGAAAAAUGUUUUCAAAAAACAGAGCGUUCUAGCAAGUUUUAACAAACUUAUUCGAAAAUUAUAAAGAGUCCAGAUUUUCUUUUUCUUUACAAAAUUACUCAAGCGUAUUGAGAGUCUUUUGGAUUUUAGUUGUAAAUAUAAAUCGAAAACUUGAAAUAGUGAAACUGCUUGGUUAUCCGCGCUCUCUUUUUCCUCGCCUACGCAGUUAGAUUAAAUGAAAAUAGCACAAGAACACAGGAGAAUUAGGGAGUGAGAAGAGAACGCAGACAGGCUGGUUCUUUCCUGCCAAAUUUUUUCAAAAUUGUAGUUUAUUUUGAAAAGUCAGUUCGUUUAUUAACGAAUUGUGAAAAAAUACAGAUAUCAUGAAAAAAAAGUUUGACGAAAUCGACCUUUUCCAGAGUUUCGAGGGCAACUCGACCAACGUCACCUUCCAAGAGCACACGAUUUGUCGGGAAGAACGGGCCACAGCCCUGGGUCGUUUCGAUGGUUUCCGAGGCUGUACCAUAUGGUUCACGGGCCUCUCUGGGGCUGGAAAAACGACGAUUUCGUUCGCCUUGGAGCGCACUUUAAACCAAGUUCGUUUUUUGAUUCUUGAUUCUUUGAUUAUUUUUGUUCAGCUCGGUAUCCCGUGCUACGGCUUGGACGGCGACAAUGUUCGGCACGGACUUUGCAAAAAUCUUGGCUUCUCGAAAGACGACCGCAAAGAGAACAUCCGACGGUGGGUUUGAGAACUUCUAAAAUGAAGUGGUAAGAAGAAGUUUUCAGUGUCGCUGAAGUUUCGAAACUGUUCGCGGACUCUGGAAUGGUCUGCCUCGCUUCCUUCAUUUCUCCCUUCAAGGAGGACCGCCUCGAGGCUCGUCGCAUCCAUUGCUGUGUUAGUUUUUACAAUCAUUCAUUCCUUAAAAACAAAAAAACAGAAUAGGAUUUUUUAUACAGCAACUUUACAAAUCCUUGACAAUCUUCGAUUCUCAAGCUUAUCUUCUAAUUUUCCUAAUUUUGCGCCAGAUAUCUUUUCAGGCUACUCUCUCCGUGAACAAAAUACUAAGUUUUGUGAAUAAAGUUCAGAAAAAUGAACAAUUUUCACACUUUUUUCUAUGAAAUCUGGAUUACAAAUGUUUUCAGAAAUGAAUCGUCGCUAUUAAAAUCUCACGUCAUUUUCACGAAACAAGCGAGAGAAAAAUAUAGAUUUUUGCCUGAUCGCGAAAGAGAUUGAACCAGUGACUCAGUUCCUACUAUGAUAGAUUUUUAUCAACUCUGCCACAUUGCCAGUCGAAAAGUGAUCACAACAGCGCAAAAAAAAUUAAAUUUUUCUUUUUUUGGUAAAAAGUGAUUAUUUUAUAAAUGAGUUUUUUUUUUGAUGAGACUAUAAGUUUGAAUUUCGUAGAAAUUUUCCAUAAACGCUUUAUUGCCUUCGAAAUUCAGGACAAAGUCCGUUUCGUCGAGGUUCACGUGAGCACUUCUCUGGAAAUCUGCGAACUGCGUGACCCGAAAAGUGAGUUUUCAGCAAAAAUAAAAUGUUUUCAAGCGUUUUUGGAAGUUUCAAUAUAGAAAAAAAGCGGUCGCUGCAUGUUUCUUUAAUUACUUAUUUUUCGGUUUUAUUCUGUGACUCUCAAUUUUUCUAGUGCUUAUCUAAUUUUACUGUCGAUCUCAAUUUUUUAAAUCAACGAGAAAAGAGAGCUUAUGCAAUAUAUACACUUUUUGAUCAGAAAGUCCAGUUUUUCUGGUUCCACGAAAGGAUCUCCGCAGAUAACGUUCUCCCCGCGUCUUUGCGCUUGUUUUUUUGGAGGAGAUCUUUGAUGUAGGGGAAAAUGAACUGGAAAAAAAAGGCUGGGGAACAUAGUAAGCUUUGAAAAUAAUUUUUUUCCGCAGAACACAUGGUUCUUGUACGAAUUCCUGAAAAAAAACUGCUGAGAAAUCAUUAUAUAAAAAAAUAUAUUGAAGUAUUGCAUAUCUGGCUGGUCUCAAACCAAAUUUUCCCAACUCUUUUCGAAACAUAAUAUUUAAAAUCUUCAGAACUCUACAAAAAAGCGAGAGCCGGCGAAAUUCGCGGUUUUACGGGCAUCGACAGCGUCUAUGAGCCUCCGGAGAAUGCCGAAAUCGUGAGCUUUUCUAAAUUUUUUCAGAAUGAGCUUUUCCUCAUGAAAAUGCAAAAAUGGGAGGAAUCGAUUACAGGUCCUCGACGCCGGAACGCAAUCUGUGCAAGCAUGCGUCACAAAAGUCCUCAAACAUCUGACGGAAGUCGGAAUAGUUCCCGAGAAGGUGAGCCGAAAGAAUCGUGCUAUUCUAUUCAACCUUUUCCCUUCAGGCAAUGAGUCAACUCACGUGUCCCGAUGUCCGCGAGCUUUACGUCCACGACGAAACCGAGAGGUUGCAAUUGUUGGAACUGUCGUUGACGCUUCCGAAGAUCCAACUCACGGAUGUUGAUGUCCAGUGGCUUCAGGUUGGUGAGGGCCUCAGGAAAAUUAUCGGCGCAAAUUGAAAAAUGCAAUCAAAAUCUCAACAAAACGUCAUUUUCUCGGAAGGCUUCAAAUUCGUUUUCUUGCCAGUCAAAAUCGAACUCUACCGUGGAUCAAUCCUAACAAGGACCCGUACUCGCAUCGGGUGAAAAUUUUUAAAUCUGGGAAAGUUUUUUAGCAAUAGAAGCUCUACUGCUUCAUCAAAAUACUGAAGAAAACAAUGGAAACGAAAAAUCAAAAACAUGAUGAUGCAUUCCUUUCGAAUUAAAGUCUCAAAAGUCGUAUUUCGUGUGGUUCCAAUCAAACUGUUUGACACAGAGAAAUAUUUACCAAAUCAGUUUUUGAUAUUUUUUCCUCUUUUUUCCUAACUGGGAAGCUAUUUUACAAAAAAAAAAGUUCAACCGGGGGGUAAAAAACAUUCCCUAGUAAGUCAAAACUUUUGAUACGUUCUUAAGUCGAAAAUACGAUAUGAAUGAGAAAGGAAAAAGUGAACAGAAGAAAAAAAAAUUAAAAUUUCAGGUGCUCGCGGAAGGAUGGGCGACUCCCCUCCCUGGGUUCAUGAGAGAGCGCCAAUACUUGCAGGCUCUGCAUUUUGGACAGCUUCUGGACUUGAAGAAGAAGGUUGUCUUCGUCGGGGAGGAAGUUCGUGGAAAAAAAAAAUUGGACUCAAUUCACUUCACUUUUUGUCAGGAUGACGGUGAACAGGACCCGUGGCCCAUUGACGAGACCAUCAGUCAGAGCAUUCCAAUCGUUCUUCCAAUCGACGAAAUCCAGAAAAAGGCCGUUUCCCAACAAAUUGAAGGUAACUAAGAGGAAAAUGUCCAGGUGAAAUUGAGAAAAAGGUUCAGGAAAAGACGUUAUUCACGAUAAAAUAGCUCUGGUGUACAACAACGAGGUCGUCGCGAUCAUUUCCGACGCCGAGAUCUUUGAGCAUCGCAAGGAGGUCAGGAUUUAUUGGUUUUUUUGAGAAUUACGAUCAUUACUCGUAGAUUGAGUCUUAAAAAAAAGGAAAUCAUUGGAAUUUUUCUAAAUAGAAUCUGAACUCUAGGGACAUAAAGAAAAAUAAAUUUAGCUCGGAACUUUGGCGCCACUAAAAACUCUCAAUCAAACUCAGACUCGAUUAUUGGUCCUCAAUAGCACUUUUAAAAAAAUAAAUUCAGACAAAGUUCAUGAAAAAUAAACCACUGAAAUGUUUGAAAAAAAUGUUCGAAUUUCGUCAUACAUUCACUGAAACUGAAAAACAAGAAAAAAAUUUCAAGAAAAAAAAAAUUAGAAAAAUGACCCUUCCAGGAGCCUGAAGAAGUUGCUGAAAAAUGUCAAAACUGAAAAAAAUGCCUUUUUUGUUUAUUUUUUUUUGGACCCAGUGAAAUUCUGAAAUUUUCUCGCUACCAUUUCAAAUCAUUCAUCUUUGACUGGGGCUUCUUCUUGUGAGAAAAGAAAAUGCUGAUUUUUCGAAAAUUCGAUUGAUUUGAUCAAAAAACAAGCUUCUAGGAGCGCGUUUGCCGUCAAUUCGGCUUCAACGACCCUCGACACCCUACCAUCUCUCUGAUCAUGGAAAGUGGUAACUGGUGCCUCGGCGGAGAUGUAGCUGUCCUCCGCGAGAUCAAGUUCGACGACGGCCUCAACGAGUUCCGCAAGACGCCCAACCAGCUCCGACAAAUCUUCAAGGAGAAGCAGGCGGACGUCGUAUUUGUCUUCCAACUCCGCAACCCGAUCCACAACGGCCAUGCGCUCCUGAUGCGCGACACUCGCGAGCAACUGCUGAAGACGUACAAGAAUCCGAUGCUUCUGCUGCAUCCGCUCGGCGGCUGGACCAAGGACGACGACGUGCCGCUGGAAGUCCGCAUGCGUCAGCACAAAGAGGUCAUCUCCGAGGGGAUUCUCGAUCCUGCCUGGACCGUCUUGUCCAUCUUCCCCUCUCCGAUGCUCUACGCUGGUCCCACCGAGGUCCAAUGGCACGCCAGGUAAUUUUUCAUAAUUUUUCCGAAAAAAAGACACUUAAACUUCAAUCGUACCUUUUCAAAAUCAAGACUGCGAUUCUGACCGAAUUCCCAGAGAAAAAUCCAUGAAUUGUGAUUUCAGAGCCAGAAUCGCGGCUGGUGUCCACACCUACAUCGUGGGAAGAGAUCCAGCGGGGAUCCAGCAGCCUGGCAGCAGCGACCCUCUCUACGAAGCCUCCCACGGCGCCAAGGUGCUCUCGAUGGCGCCAGGGCUCUCGCAUCUCAGCAUCCUGCCGUUCCGUGUCGCCGCCUACGACCUCAAGGCUAAGCAGAUGGCCUUCUUCGACCCCAGCCGCAAGCAGGACUUCGACAACAUCAGCGGCACCCGCAUGAGAACGCUGGCCAGGUCUGUUCGAGAAUAAAUCAGAACAGAUAUCUUCUUACUGAUAAAAAGUUUCCCAAAACAGCAAAUUCAUUUUUUCAGAAACGGAGAAACUCCACCAGAUGGAUUCAUGGCUCCAGCAGCUUGGAAAGUCCUCGCCGACUACUAUAAAUCCUUGGCCAAGUAG